UCUUUCUUUUUCUCUUCUAUGACACCUAUCUUUUCUCUCUAUCUGUGACUCUCUCUAUUUUUUUAUUGCUCUUUUUUCUUUUCUUUCUUUCUGUAGAAAACAAAAUAUAAUAAAAGCCCACUACUGUUCUCUGACAAUGACUUGCAUCCUGCCGCGGCUUCUUUAUCUAUCCAUCUAUCUACCAGCAGAUCAAAGAAAAUAGAGAAAACUGAGCUUUCCCAUACGCGUUAUAGCAAGAAAAGAGCUUCUAAAUAAAAUAAAAUUUUAAAAGAAUUCUAAUCUCUCUGUCAAAUCUUUUAUCUGGGUUUGUUUUCUUUUAGCCUUUUCUUUCAUCUUUCAUUGAUAUAUACUGUCUACGUUCUUCACUUCCCUGUAAAUUUUUAUCCAUUACUCUGUUUCUUGACAGGACUUUGUUGGGUUUUCCUUUUCUUUUCUUUUCUUUGGUGAUUCUCCCAGUCUUUUAUUUUCUUUAUUUUUUAGUUGUUGUUUCUGUUGCUUAUCCUUCUCUAAGAUAUAUGUGGGAUUUUAUUCUUUGCUUCCUAAACAAAGGCAAAUAUUGAUCUUUUUGGAUCUACAGGCUUGAUUUUAGGUACAAUGUAUGGGGUGUGUUUAUCCAUAGUAUUUAUUAUUUCUUAACUUGACUGAGCUGAGCUUUAACUUUUGUUUUUAGUUUACUACAAAGGGCUUUGAUUCUUCUUCUUCUUCUUCUUCUUUUCUUUUUCUUCUUCAAGUCAAUAGAUGGCAGUUCAUUAGGUGAUGAUUUAGAGUUCUGAGAUUAAAAAAUGGGAUCUACUGAUAAUGGGUUUUAUUCUGGAGAAUUUAAUUUGGAUGCUAAGUGGUUGAUUGAUCCUAAACUUCUCCUUGUUGGUCCAAAGAUUGGAGAAGGUGCUCAUGCCAAAGUAUAUGAAGGAAAGUAUAAGAAUCGAAUUGUUGCCAUCAAAGUUGUUCAUAGAGGAGAAACUCCAGAAGAAAUUGCCAAGAGAGAAGCACGAUUUGCAAGAGAGGUUGCAAUGUUAUCUAGAGUUCAACACAAAAAUCUAGUGAAGUUUAUUGGCGCUUGCAAGGAACCUGUCAUGGUGAUAGUAACUGAGCUUCUGUUAGGUGGGACAUUGCGUAAAUACCUGCUGAACUUGCGACCAAGAAGCCUAGAACUGCAUGUGGCAAUCGGGUUUGCACUUGAUAUUGCUCGUGCUAUGGAAUGCUUGCACUCCCAUGGGAUCAUUCAUCGCGACCUAAAACCUGAGAACUUGAUCUUGACUGCCGACCAUAAAACAGUUAAACUUGCAGAUUUUGGAUUAGCCAGAGAAGAGUCAUUAACUGAGAUGAUGACUGCUGAAACGGGAACAUAUCGUUGGAUGGCUCCGGAGCUUUACAGCACUGUCACAUUAAGGCAUGGUGAGAAAAAGCAUUACAAUCACAAGGUGGAUGCUUACAGCUUUGCAAUUGUCUUGUGGGAGCUCAUUCACAAUAAAUUGCCCUUUGAGGGCAUGUCAAACUUACAGGCAGCAUAUGCAGCUGCUUUUAAGAAUGUGAGACCCAGUGCAGAUGACCUCCCAGAGGAAAUGGCAAUGAUUGUGACCUCAUGUUGGCAAGAGGAUCCAAAUGCUCGGCCGAAUUUCACCCAGAUAAUACAGAUGCUCCUGCGAUUUCUUUCUACCAUUUCACCGCCAGAGCCUGUCAUCCCAGCUCGGAUAUUUACUUCUGAGAAUGCUGUUUUGCCACCAGAGUCUCCAGGCACAAGCUCUUUAAUGGCUGUGAGAGACGACUCAGGGGAAACCCCGAAGUCUAAGAUGGAAGACAACAAACCAAGAGGUUUCUUUUUCUGUUUUAACCAGUGUUACUGAUCCCUCCAAAGGCACAAAGUCGUCGGUGGAGGUAGUUUAGGCAAGGGUUUAAUAAAACAAUAGUCUGAAAUAUUAGGAAAAUACGGCCUUUUAUAAAAAAAUGUCAAUCCAGUUAGUUCAGUUGCAAUAGAAAAGCUACCUUAGUAUCUGAUCAGAUGUCUCCGUUAAACAUUCCAUACUAGUACCCACUUUACCUGGGUAUCAGUAUGUUCUGACUACGAUACACAAUGCAGUGGGGUUUUGCUGUGAUGUACAUCGCCAUUAAUGUUGUAAAAUAAGGUCAAAUCUAAAAAAGGGCCUUUUGAUCCUGUCGAUAA